AUGAAAAUAUCAGGUGUCUUUCUGCUCCUCUCUCUGGCUCUUUUCUGCUUUUUCUCAGGUGUCUUCAGUCAAGGAGAACAGGUUGACUGUGGCGAGUUCCGGGACCCUAAGGUCUACUGCACCCGGGAAUCUAAUCCCCACUGUGGCUCUGAUGGCCAGACAUAUGGCAACAAAUGUGCCUUCUGUAAGGCGGUGGCGAAAAGUGGUGGGAAGAUCAACCUAAAGCAUUAUGGAAAAUGCUGA